AUGGGGAGCACGGAGGGUCAAACACCGUCCACAUCCCCACCGGAGCGGGGCUCGGGCAGUUCUGGUGCAAACGGGCACAGCUGUGGAUUCCUCCUCGUGUUCAGCUGCCUGGUGCUGUCGGUCUUCUCCACCAUCCAGGAGCACCAGAAACUGGCCAACGAGUGCCUCUUCAUCCUGGAGUUCGUCAUGAUCGUGGUGUUCGGCAUGGAGUACAUCAUCCGCGUCUGGGCCGCCGGCUGCUGCUGCCGCUACCGGGGCUGGCGGGGACGCUUCCGCUUCGCCAGGAAACCCUUCUGCGUUAUAGAUUUCAUCGUCUUCGUGGCCUCGGUGGCCGUCAUCGCCGCCGGCACCCAGGGCAACAUCUUCGCCACGUCGGCGCUGCGGAGCAUGCGCUUCCUGCAGAUCCUGCGCAUGGUGCGCAUGGACCGCCGCGGCGGCACCUGGAAGCUGCUGGGCUCCGUCGUCUACGCCCACAGCAAGGAGCUCAUCACCGCCUGGUACAUCGGCUUCCUCGUGCUCAUCUUCGCCUCCUUCCUCGUCUACCUGGCCGAGAAAGACGCCAACGUGCAGUUCGCCACCUACGCCGACUCCCUGUGGUGGGGCACGGUCACGCUCACCACCAUCGGCUACGGGGACAAGGCGCCGCAGACGUGGCUGGGCCGGAUGCUGGCGGCCGGCUUCGCCCUGCUCGGCAUCUCCUUCUUCGCCCUGCCUGCCGGGAUCCUGGGCUCCGGCUUCGCCCUCAAAGUGCAGGAGCAGCACCGGCAGAAGCACUUUGAGAAGAGGCGGACUCCGGCGGCAAACCUGAUCCAGGCUGCCUGGCGCCUGUACUCCACUGACGUCAGCCGGGCGUACCUGACGGCCACGUGGUGUUACUACGACAGCCUACUGCCCACCUUCAGAGAGCUGGUCCUUAUGUUUGAGCACUUGCACCGAGUUCGCAACGGAGGAUUUAGGAACUCAGAGGUGAAAAAAUUGCCCGACAGAGCCCCACCAACUUAUCUCUCCUACACCCCUGCCCAGAAAAGCCUGGCCACGUGUCUAGGGGAAAGCUGGAAGGAGGAGGACGUGCAGCCCCACAAGUGUUUACGGCUCAGCAACAAGAUGGGGCUGAAGGAGCGGAUCUGGCUGAGCAGCUCCCAGCGGCAGGGCAGCCGCGGCCGCCAGCAGCUGGGGCCCCCCCUGCACCGCUCCCCCAGCACCGAGGACGUGGCCGAGGCCUCCAGCCCCACCAAGGUGCAGAAGAGCUGGAGCUUCAACGACCGCACGCGCUUCCGCGCCUCCCUGAGGCUCAAGCCCCGGACCCCGGUUGAGGCCGACUGCCCUCCGGAGGACAGCGGCGAGGAGAAGGGCUCCCACUGCGACCUGACCUUCGAGGACAUCAUGCCGGCAGUGAAGACCCUCAUCAGGGCUGUCAGGAUCCUGAAGUUCCUGGUGGCCAAGAGGAAGUUCAAGGAGACGCUGCGUCCCUACGACGUCAAGGACGUCAUCGAGCAGUACUCGGCCGGGCACCUGGACAUGCUGGGCAGGAUCAAGAGCCUGCAGACGCGCGUGGACCAGAUCAUGGGCAGGGGGGCCCUGGCUGUGGACAAGAAGGUGAGGGAGAAGGGGGAGAAGCCGGCACUGGAGAUGGAGCUGGUGGACGAGCUGAGCAUGAUGGGGCGCGUGGUCAAAGUGGAGCGGCAGGUACAAUCCAUCGAGCACAAGCUGGACCUGCUGCUCGGCCUCUACUCCCAGUGCCUCCGCAAGGGCUCCACGAACUCCUUCAGCCUGGCCGCCGUGCGGGUGCCGCCCUGCGAGCCCGACAUCACCUCCGACUACCACAGCCCCGUGGACCACGAGGACAUCUCGGCCUCCGCCCAGACCCUCACCAUCUCCAGGUCGGCCAGCGCCAACAUGGACUGAGCGGGAGGCAGCGGGAUGGCCCCUGCCCGCGCGGGGUGGGGGGCCGGGGACACGGUGGCACCGCCAGCCCCG